GAUAGAAUAAAGGGAACAGGGAGAGGGAGGAAGGGAAGAAAAGAAAUUAAGUGAAUGAGAGCGAGAGAAGGAAAGGAGGAGAGCGGUGACCCGGACAGCUGAAAUGGUCUAAUGGGCAUCUGCGGAGGUGUGGUGACCGUGGAGGAGUGUCGAGAUGGGAGAGUCUCUUCUAUUACUGCUCUUCUUCCUCCAUCUCUUCAUCGCCGUGACAACAUCACAACAAAAGGAUCUGUCUUGUGUGAAUGACUACAUGGAGGUGGUGACCUGUGAGUGGAACUGCACAGGCCAACCAUACUACCGCCAUGAGCAAUGUACCCUCUGGGCCAGAGAAGACGACGAGACUGCCACCUGUGAGAUGAAGUCUCUGGGCCAGGAUCACUGCUACAAGGGCUGCCACGUCCAGUUCCAGAAUGUGGAUUUUGGCUACUUUAGUACAGCAGCUCUGGAGGUGAAGUGUAAAGACAACAAUGUGUCAUCAAUUCCAAAAUAUUAUUUUUCAAAUAACAUUAAGUUGCGGACUCCCGCCAUCCCAGUGGUUGCCAGGGGCAACCUAUCCUGGAGCCUUGGAGACCACAAGCCAGAUCGCAUGCAGGAGUUUCGCUUUCAAUGGCAGCUCAAGAACGCAGAUGACCCAUGGGAGGGUGCCCCUUCCAUAGAUGUCCAUGGGCAGCUGGGUCCUCAAGGCCUUCUGGACAUCACCAGUGCAGCUAAGUCACCUGUGCAGCUUGGUGCCAAGUAUCAGGUGAGGGUGAGGGUGCGGCCGCACAACAAGGACGACAAUGCUGGAGAUGCCUUCAAAUGGACGUGGAGUGACUGGAGUCCCGUGCUCACCUGGACGUCUGACGUUGGAGACCCGCCUCCCACCCCCACACCUCCCCCAGGUGUCGUUUUGUUAGAUAUGGAAAUCGGCAUACUGGUUGGAUCAGUACUGUGUGUGUGUUUGGCCAUGGUGGUGUUGGUGUGCCUCGUCAGAAAAGCCCAAAGCGGUAGCCACUGCUGCUGUCUCCAGAUGAAGGGCCAGCAUGUGCCAGACCCAUCCAGGUUCUUCCAGCCUCUCCACACGGCUCACGGAGGAGACUUCCAGAGUUGGCUGAGCCCCUCGUCCACCAAGGCCCCGGCCCCGUUUGCCGACCCCCUGCCCUCCGACCUCAUAUCUCCCAUGGAAGUCUCCCCUCUCCUGGACCCGGAGCUCUGCAAAAGGGCCCCUGGUGAGGCGCUACAGCACCACCUGCAGGGCGGGAGUGGAGGCGUGUGGUCCAGCAGCAGUGACAGCGGCGGAGGCCUCUCCUCCUGCUACUCCAACAUGGGCUACUUCUUCUCCGAGCACCGGCCGGGUCAGCUGGCCAUCGAGGCCUGCCCCAUCUACUUCACCUACCCCUUUGGUGGCGCGGAGGAGGAGAGCUCGCCCGUCAUAGCGGUGGACACUUCUGGAACGUCUGGGUUCUCCGGAACAUCUGGGUUCUCCGGAAGGUCGUCCACAGCUGCCUCCUCGUACGAGCGUCUAGAGAGGCUGCACCGCUUCUACUCUCUGGAGAGCACACCGUCUCCCUUUAGCCACCAGGGGGUUCCUCUGAGUCCAGACUCUGGUGUGGAGAUUGAGGUGAGUGAUGGGGUGCCGUCAUCACUGGCGAUGGAGGAAGAGGGGAUGGUGGAGGAGGAGGAGCAGGAGGAAGAAAAAGUAAAGGGGGAAGUGAACGAGCAGAAGGAUGGGUGGAGGUGCCAGGGGAACGAGCAAACCUCCAUCAUCAUGUGCCUCCAAGGGCAGGGAAUGGCCAGUGUCAUCCACAACCCCACUUGUAUGCCCUUGGCACCAGUUGAACUAAUGCUGCCCAGCUCAGCCUGUGAAGACGCCAACAAUGAUGAUGAUGAUGAUGGUGUCCAAUCAGCAGCAUGCGACAAUCCCUCCUCACCAGCAGGCGGCAGUGUGGCCAGAUCAGCCUCCCUGAUCGUGCAGCCGUGUGUCAGCGGCUAUAUGACCAUUAAAGAAAUGCUAAGCACUUACAGUAACAAGUCCAUUUAGGUUUAGGAGCUGAACGUAUAGGUGACUAUACUAGCUUUUGGCUACAGUGAAUGCCACCAACAUCUGAUGGAUGUCACAUGCUAAACAUACAGUAUUAAUCAAAAUUUAUACAACAUGGCCUCGUGUAGCUCUUUCAAUCCGAUGAUUUUGUAGACCUAUUGGUAUUUUAUACAGUACACUGUUCUGAACUGAAGGUCUAAUUUACACCUAAAGGCAUGGUGUUCUAAAACAUUGGCAUUUCUGUUAAUCCUCUACAUGUCCAACUGUUUUUCCAUGUAGCCCACCAAGUUCGAAGAGAACUAUUAGCAUACACAGCUCUGUCUGAGAGAUGCGAGUGUGCUACUGUGAUUCAUUUGUUAAAUGGUAAUCACCAGUGAAAAACACAUAUGCAUUACACCAUUCAAAGAAGAUUUGGGCAUUUGGUUGUUAAAGGGCAUUAUUUUGUCUAACUUUAAAAAAGAAAGAUUUUUUUUACAUUAGAUAUGUACAUGAUUAUUACACAUAAAGAUUACAUAAUAGUCAUAUAAUAACUAUUAUUAUACAGUAUACACUGUAAUAUAUGUUUUUCUCGGUCACUACAUCAUCUGUGGUUGACUAAUGUGAGGACAUGAUGUCUGGCUCACUUCCUUGCUUUACCUGCUUCCUCCCAAGCAGUCAUUGUGUCAGCAUUUCAGGGGGUUUUAUGCGUGUAUGUGUCUGCAUACGUGCGUGUGUACCUACGUCAGUAAUGACCUUAUGACCAAGUGUGUUUGUCAUCUCAGUUGACUCAGGUAAUAUAUUUAAGCUAAAUACAGUUGUAGAUCAUACAGAUUUCACACAAUCAUCGCAGUUACCCAGUAAUCAGAUAAUGUUACAUUAAUUAAUGCACAUUAGUUAUGAGAACCAUGUCAGGUACAGUAAUCAGUUAAUGUUACAUUAGGUAAUGCUACGUUAGUUAUGAGAACCAUGCCAGUGUCCUUCUGCCUGCUGUGCUUGGCUCCACAGUAUUAUGUGAAGGCCACAUAUCUGUUCUCAGUGCCAGGCUGAAGUCUUAUGCUCCUUUUAUAUUAUUCCACGUUAUAAUGACUACAUGUGGCACGUACAUGAGGCCCCGUUGUUUCCAUAUUGCUGCUGACCAGGGCUUGUCCUGCAACUGACCAAAUGCUGGUAAAACUUGCCUGUGGCUCAUAACAAUCUCAGUCUCACUAGCCACUUUGGCAAGUAACUUAUUCUUUGGUUCUGAAGGGACCCGU